UUGACCAAAAUGGCUGCGCCCAUGAUAGAUGCCGAAAUUGAUGAAGAAAUAACAAAAAUUCGAAAAAAGUUGAAACAAAUUGCUAAUCUGGAAAGAAAAGACCACAUUUUGACACAUAAAGAGAAAAACAAGAUAACUAAAAAAUCAGCUUUAAGGAAAGAAUUACAAGCUUUACUGCCUUAUUCAACAAAUAGUUGCCGAGAAGAUGAACAAAAAACUGUUACUCUCAAGGAGAAAUCGAAGAGUAAAAAAUCGGGAACCAAAAAAAAACAAAACAAAAAAUCUCCUAGUCCCACAAAGAAUAACCCGUCACAAUCCACUUCCAUAAUUACUGCGUCUAGCGAACAAAAUCCACAAAUACACAAUAAAUAUGCAUCAUUAUCACAAGAUUUUUCCAAUAAUGCUCAAGAUGAAGAAUCAAGUCAAGAUGGUGAAGAAGAAGAAGAAGAAGAAGAGAGUGAAGAAGGAGAGGAUUAUGAAGUUCAGAUGGCUGAUAUAAUUGUUGAGACCCAAAUGGAAAACAUGAAUACGAAAACUCAACAAAUUCAGCAAAAAUCUGCAGAAUCCGCACCAAAAGUCAAUAUUCCACAGCCACCACUGAAUCCUUUAAAACCAAAAUGGCGGCAGAAGGAAUGCAUAGUUGACUGGUUAGAAGGUCACAAUGAUUUGGUGACAUCAGUAGAUUUUUGUGGUGAUAUACUAGUAACAGCUAGCCGAGAUACUACAGUGAAGGCAUGGGAUAUUAAGUUUAGAUCAUUGAUCAGAAGUUAUGGAGGCCAUACAGAAAGUGUUACAUGUAUUGUUGCUUUAUCUAAAUCAUCUGCUGAAGAAUUACAAAAGUUGUUAGAAUUAACAAGUAAUGAUAAUAUAAUUAUCACUGGUUCCACUGAUUGUUCUUUUAAAAUAUGGUCUUUAGAGACAGGUGAAAUAAUAAAAUCUGUAUAUACAUAUAAUCCUAUUACAUCUCUAGUAUACAGUAAUGAUAAACACUUUCUCAUCACAGCAUCAGGUGGUGGUAAAUUAGAGUUAUGGGACUUGGUUACAUCAACAAAUAUUCAUUCUAUAAGAAACCAUGAAGAUGCAAUAACCUGUUUAACUUAUAAAGAUAAUCUUGUGUAUAGUGGAUCAGCUGAUGGUAUUAUUAAAAUCUACGAAAUACAAGAAGAGAAACUGUCAUGUGUAUUUGAAUCAGAAGAUGUAAAAACGGAACAAGGCAUUAGUUUAACCAAUCGCUAUGUAAGAUGUAUAACAGUAUAUAAUGAUCUUAUAUUUUAUGGUGAUGAUGCUGUUAAUGUCAAGGCAAUCAACUGGAAAAAAGGACAUGUAAAUAAAUAUCUGAAUCAUGUAGAAGAAUUUGCAUCCACAGAUGCUGUUUGUAUUCAUGAUGAUCUCAUGAUUUCCUCUAGUUUUGAUUUGGACCAUGGUUUGGGAUAUUUAAAUGUUCGUCAACUUCCAUCCUGUGAAUAUUUAUUUAGUUUAAAUGAUGAAGAAACAGAAAGGAUAACAAGUAUCACAUCAACAAUUUUAUCAAAUGGUGAUCUUGUCUUAAUUACUGGUGGUCCACAACUCAAACUAUGGCAUUUUAUAAACACAUCAAGAGUGACGAAUGACGACCUUCCUAGAAUCAAGUUAAAAUAUAUCAAACAACUUUCAAUAGUGUCCCGUGAUUCUGAUAAUUAUGAAAGUGAUGAAGACGAGAGUGAUGAUGAUGAGGAUGGAAGUGAUGUAGGAAGGGUCCGAUCUAGAAAACAUUUACAGUUAGAUGACCAGAAACCAGCAAACUCAUGGACUUCAUGGUGCAACAUUUUAUAAGUUUCACCGGAUUUCAAGUAGGGAAUGUAUAAUUAUUAUAGAGCUUCGAAACUUGUACAUAAACAUGAUACAUAUAUUUUUAAACAUUGAUAAUGAUUGAAUGUUGUUUGGUUACCUGUUUAAAAUCUGUUAUGUUACUUAAAAUAAACUGUACAAUCAUCA